CCACCCUGAAGCCUGGAUGCCCAUUUUAUGUGAUCCGACGACCUAGGUCCAUCUUGGGAAAACCCUUUCGAUGUAAUCUGACGACCAAGCAAGGCCCAUGUGGUUGAACAUUUUUUCCAAGGAAGAAGAAGGAAGAAGCGAGGAAGGGGAGUGACGAUUCUCGUAAGCAGAAGCACGAUUCAGUUCAGCCUCUCCAUCGGUAGUCUAUAAUCUGAUAAAUACCAGAAGACAGAGAGAGAAUAAUGGCUGCCAUCACCGCUGCAGUGAUCGCCAUUGUUGGACUAGCUCUUGGCUGGAUUACGAUCGAGAUGGCCUGCAAGCCCUGCCUUGAAAGGGGACGAGAAGCCAUUGAUCGAUCUCUGAAUCCAGAUUACGAUCCUGAUGAAGAGAAUGCCAGUAACUCAUUUCGUGCUCCUCUCAAUCCCAACCCCAAUCCCGAUCCAAAAAAUGCUGUGGAUGCUGCGACUUCCACCAAUGUCAAGGUUAUCUGAACAAACUUGGGUGUUUCAUUCCCUUUUUGGUUUGGUGUGUAUCAUCAGUAAUACCCUACUUACAUGUAUCGAUGUUUUGUGGACUCUUGAGCUUUGUGUAAUGCUUCCAAAUGUUCCUUCUCAAAGAAUUUUACUUUUCCUUCUUGUAAAAUGAUGAAAAGAGGAUUGAUCAAGAUUGUCUGAAAUGGAGUUGGGUUUAAUUUCUCCUUUUAA